UUUUUUUUUUUAAACGAAUACAUAAUGUCCAUGAGAGACCCAGCCGAAAUUGAGAAAUUCAUUUCCAAUAUUGAUCAUGCUUUACUCACCGUAUCCGAAAUUCGGUCAUCUUUAAGGCAUUUCACUCAACUUGUUCAGUCCGAAAACAAGGGACCGAGCUUUGUUCAUGCGUUUAGUGAUCGAUUGAAUUCGGUAAAACGCGAUUUAAAUACGCUGUCUUCUGAAGGAGAGAAUUUAAAAGGUGCCUUGGAACAUGCUCAAAUUGUUGCUAAUGAAAACAAGUUUAACUGGGCAUUGAUCAAGAGUGAGGCAGAAAAGGAAGCAGCAGAGGAGGAAAUACGAUUUCGAGAGGAAGAAGCCAAUUCAGCAAAGGCAAAAGAGACAGGAUCUUUUGUGAAAGCCAAUGCAGACUAUGCUUACAAACAAUUAUCUUCCAUUGUACUUGAACAAAAGCCGACCUCGAUUUCAGUACCGCUAUUUUUCACCACAUGUAUCAAUCAAUGGAUGUCGAAUAAGAAACCAGCCGAUAUCGAUUUUACAGUAACCUUUGAAAAGGAGGAAACACCUACCUUAACCGGCUCAACAUGUCAUAUCAAGAUUUGUGCACGAAAAGCUUUAGUGGCAGAUUUGGAAUUGGAGUAUGAAAAAUAUUCAGAUACACUCGUUGUUCAUCAGUAUGAUAUUAAGGGAGUGAAAGAGGAGGUUUGUUAGAUUGCUAGAUGGGAAGAGAGAAGAUGAACUAAAAGAAAAAGGGGAACGAUAGAAACACUUUUGGCAGGAUUCUCAAUACCUUGUAUUCCAAAAAGUUAAUUUAUUAGCAACCGAUGCGUUUGAAGAUAUGCUUGUAUUUUUCGCUAAAGAAUCCUUACACAACAUGCUUGAUUGGUUUUGUAGCUACCACAAUUUAUUUACAACACCUUGUCAUCGUUGUCAUAAAAUCCUUCAAUUUGACUCUCCUCAAUAUAGAUACCUUCCACCCAUGGUCAGAACAUGGGCUAAAAAAUUACCUGUGGCUCAAAGCGAUUCAUCUGUUGUCCAUCCUGCUCCCGGUACAGCCUACCAUAUGCGAUGUUAUAUC